CGGUGAAAGGGUGAGCCCCGGCGUCUCAUAUAAAAGCUCCUUACGGUCCUCAUCAGAUAUCAUUCGAGAUCCUCAAGCAACACACGCUUAUACAAUGGCAUUCAAGUUCGUGAUCCUCGCUUGCCUGGUGGCGGCUGCCAGCGCUGGCUUGCUCCCAGCUGCUCCCGUCGCGUAUUCCGCGGCUCCCGUCUACCACUCGGCCCCCGUCUACCACUCGGCCCCCGUCUACCACUCGGCCCCCAUAGUCCACGCUGCACCCCUGGCCUACGCCGCGCCCGUCGCCAAGGUCGCUAAGGUCGCCGUCGAGGAGUACGAUCCCCACCCACAGUACAACUUCGCUUACGACGUACAGGACAGUCUCACCGGUGACUCCAAGUCCCAGCAUGAGACCCGCGACGGUGAUGUCGUCCAGGGAUCCUACUCUGUAGUCGACCCUGAUGGCACCAAGCGUACUGUUGACUACACCGCCGACCCCCACAAUGGCUUCAACGCCGUAGUCCGCAAGGAAGCUCUCGGUGUGAAAGUGGCAGCUGUUGCGCCUGUUGCUAAGAUUGCCGCGCCCGUCGCGUACGCCGCUCCCGUAGCCAAAAUCGCCACCCCCUACACAUACGCGUCCGCUCCCUUGGUGCACGCUGCCCCCAUCGCCAAGUUCGCCUCCCCCGCGUACUACUCCGCUCCCCUCUACCACCACUGAACUGAACUGAUGCCAAAACUCUCUAACUAAAUACUGCAAUACGGUUAUACUCAUGUCAUUAUGUGAUAAAUCGUUUUGUUGUUAAACUAUACGAUAGGCUUAAUAAAUUAUUUUUUGUAUUCUUGUAAA